CAAGUUUAGCCAACAUCCAACGCAAACGAUUACUGUCGGUCGGCGAGCGGGAGCCUUUGAGAGUCGCGCUCCUCGAGAACAAUACGGUGCGAGACUCGAGACCGAGACGAGGCGAGAUGGAUAAAGGAAAGUCACCAUCAAUUCCAGCCGACCGCGGGCGAAACCCUCCCUUCCCCAAGCGCGCGGCUUCCCAGACCUCGAAUAUCGCACCAGAUGCCAAAAGAAUCAAAAACUCGCAAGAAGCAAUGCCUGUAUCAAAGGCAGAUGCGCAAUCAUCAGCUGGUCCCUCCGCGAGGGUUCCUUUUCCAGAUAAGCCCGCAGUUCUGGAGGAACGAAAUGGGGAAAUUGAAUUCCGAGUCGUCAACAACGAUGGCACCAAGGAGAGCAUGCUCAUCCUCACAGGUCUGAAAUGUCUAUUUCAAAAGCAACUGCCGAAGAUGCCCAAAGACUACAUAGCACGUCUUGUCUACGACCGCGUUCAUACGUCCAUCGCCAUCGUCAGACAGCCCUUGGAGGUCAUUGGCGGGAUAACAUUCCGGUCGUUUGGAACCCGGAAGUUCGCCGAGAUUGUGUUUUGUGCGGUUUCAUCCGACCAGCAGGUGAAAGGAUACGGAGCCCAUCUGAUGGCGCACCUGAAGGACUACGUUAAAGCCACCUCGCCAGUGAUGCAUUUCCUUACGUACGCCGACAACUACGCCACAGGGUAUUUCCAGAAACAGGGCUUUACAAAGGAUAUCUCCUUGGAGAAAUCUCUCUGGAUGGGCUACAUCAAGGACUACGAAGGUGGGACACUCAUGCAAUGCUCUAUGGUCCCGCGAAUACGCUACCUCGAAGUGGGCCGAAUGCUCCUCAAGCAGAAAGAAACCAUCCAAGCCAAAAUCCGGACCAUGAGCAAGAGCCACGUCGUCCACCAGCCGCCACCGGAAUUCGCCGCCGGUAUGCCCGUCGAUCCGCUCUCCAUCCCCGCCAUCCGGGAGACCGGCUGGUCCCCGGAUAUGGACGAACUAGCCCGGGUCCCGCGCCACGGACCCCACUUUAACGAACUCCGUCGCUUCCUGUACCAGAUCCAGAACCACAAACAGGCGUGGCCCUUCCUCAACCCCGUCAACAGAGAUGAGGUCCCCGAUUACUACAAAGUCAUCGUCUCGCCGAUGGACUUGUCAACCAUGGAAGAGAGGCUGGAACGCGACUCUUAUGAUACGCCCAAGGACCUCGUUGCCGACCUGAAGCUGAUUUUCAGCAAUUGUCGCCAGUACAAUGACACAUCGACCGUGUAUUCCAAGUGCGCCGCCAAGUUGGAAAAGUACAUGUGGAGUCUUAUCAAGGAGAUCCCCGAGUGGUUUGAGCUGCACGAGGAGUGAUAUGAUGGUGUUGGUGCAUCUCAUAUAUAGGGGGAGUUCUAUUUGUUUUUGAAUGUCAAGGGCGUUAGGUUUGGGUUUGGUUCAUGGAAUACCUAGAGCGACAAUUUUAUUAGCAGAGGAGUUA